UUUUUUUUAUUUUCUAUAUGGUUACCAUCACGAACAAAAACGUUUAUUCAGCCAUCGAUUCUGAUUCUGAGAGUGAGAAUGAAGAUUAUUCUUCUUUCUGUUCAAUCUCCAAGACAGUUUCUAUUUCAGAAAAACAACAGCGCAAUCUCAUUCAACUCGGUUGUAUUUAUAAUCCAUUGGAAGAGUACAAACGAUCGCUUUUAUUUCAGAAUCCAGUAAGAUGGGUACCUUUCCUUUUUUUUUUAUAUGUGUGUUAAUACGUGUCUAUAGGUACGACAUGAUGAGCAAUUUGCCUUAAAGAUGAAAGAACACGAACUUUUAUUGAAAAAAGAGCGAGCAUGCGUAUUGCAGAAGCAGAGACAGAAACAACAAGAGGAAUACAAAGCACUUGCUUCCUUGAUAUCAACAUUAGACGUGGACAAUGAAAAGGAAGAUGAUAAAACAUUCCAAGAAGAACUCAAGAAGCAACGCCAAUUGAUCGAUGAAGCUAUCGCAUUUGACAAGAAAAGAUUAGAAGAAGCCAAAGUAAAGGCAGAAACAGAAAAAAAGCAGAAAGAAGAACAACAAGAGAAACAAAAGCAAUUAGAAAAGGAGGAACAAGAAGCCAAAGCCAAGAAAGCACAACUAGAUAAGCUUAAACAAUCUUCUGCUGUUUCACUAGAAGGGUUACAGGAAUAUGAAGCCUAUUACAAAAAGAUUGAAUAUUACAAGACACAUAUCAAGCCAAAACUAAGUGAUGAUACAUUUCGCAAACAGUGCUUCCCUGCUAAAAGAGUCAUUAACAGAACAGUCAGUCAAUUACAGCACAGCCAUGCUGUUGUGCUUGAAAAGUAUCAAUUCCUAAGUCAACAUUUGUUGGGUAUCAAGCAACAAUCUCAGGAUGCAUUUGAAGUCUUAUUGAACCACCUUGCCAAAGUGUUUCUUGCCCAAGUCAAACAAGAGAUUCAUGCUACUGAUUAUGCUGCUUAUUUCUUGGCUCGAUUUGCCUACUUGAUGUGUGCUGCUAUGCCUGAAUUUGUGGAUUAUUUAAUGGGUCGUCUUCUCAAGCGAUGCCCUUAUUUGAUACCAAGAUAUCAUGACGAUGAUCCAACACUUUCUGCAGAUGAAAUCAGAUCAAGGCUUCGUUACACCUACAGCAACAAGGAAAAGAAGAUCAUGGAGACCUUCCUUGAACAUGCUGAAAAUCAGAAAUGCUACGUGAUGUUCUAUGGUGCACUUGCACAGACGUUGCCUGAUCCAGGUCAGCCAGAGAAUCCAUUUCCUAUUAAACAUGCCUGGAUUUGGCUUGCGCGUAUUUGUAAUAUGCCUCCUCGUGAAAUCACCCCUUUUCUUGUGGAUGGUAUGCUUGAAAUUGUCACGGUACGCUUGUUGCAGGCGUAUCCUCAUCAGACGCCUAAAUUGUUACGCCUGAUUCGUGAGACUAUUUGUCCUCUUUAUCCAGAAGCAGAUGGGUCUGUCAAUAAGGCAAGUAUAAAGCAUUUGGAAAUGUUUUUGGAUGAUUACUUUAGAACAGGCAAACCUGAUUGUAUACCAGAAUCAAAGCCUGCUAAAACAUAAACACUUUAUUGUUCAUCAAAGACAGAAUAAAAACCA